UGCUGCAGCGUCCCACCCUCUCUGCCGAGGAGUUCUCAGCUCUGGGGGAAGGAGGAGGAGGAGGCAGCGUUCCCAUCCGAUGCUGGGACUGACAGACUCACUGGGGUUUGUACAUGUUGGGGAGGGGCCUUCCCUUCGGGGGUGACCACAUUCAUCUGGGAAUGCCAGCAGCCCUCCAGACCCAUGGACCUGAAGGAGAAGCUUCCGGGCGAGCCUCCCCUGGCCCUGGGCCUAUCCACCCGGAAGGCUCUCAGCAUCCUGAAGGGGCAGCUGGAGGCUGUGCUGGAAGAACACCUGAAGGAGCGGAAGAAGCGCCUCACCUGGAAGGAGGUGUGGCGAAGCAGCUUCCUGCAUCACAGUGACCGCUGCUCGUGUUUCCAUUGGCCCGGAGCCUCGCUCAUGCUGCUGGCCGUGCUGCUGCUGCUGCUGAGCUGCCACGGGAGCCAGCCGGUGGGCAGCCACAGGGUGGCACUGGUGAAUGCCUCAGCGCUGGCCCUGCUGCUGCUGCUCAAUCUUGUCCUCAUUGGGCGGCAAGAGCGGCUGAAGCGUCAGGAGGUGGAGCGGAGACUCCGUGGGAUCAUUGACCGAAUCCAGGACGCCCUGCAGGAUGGCAAGGAGACCAGGUGGCCCAGUGCCAUGUACCCUGACCUCCACAUGCCCUUUGCACCGUCCUGGUCCCUGCACUGGGCCUACAGAGACGGACAUCUGGUCAACCUGCCGGUCAGCCUGCUGGUAGAAGGUGAUAUCAUAGCUCUGAGGCCAGGCCAGGAGUCCUUCGCCUCUCUGCGGGGCAUCAAGGAUGAUGAGCAUAUCGUCUUGGAGCCAGGAGAUCUGUUUCCUCCCUUCUCCCCUCCCCCCUCCCCCCGGGGCGAAGCGAAGAAGGGGCCCCAGAACCCCCAGCAGCACCGGCUCUUCCGGGUCCUGGAGACGCCUGUGAUUGACAACAUCAGGUGGUGCCUGGACAUGGCCUUGUCCCGCCCGGUCACUGCCCUGGACAACGAGCGAUUCACUGUGCAGUCGGUGAUGCUGCGCUACGCUGUGCCUGUGGUCGUGGCCGGCUUCCUCCUCACCAACGCACUGCGCUUCAUGUUCAAGGCCCCUGGGGUCACCUCAUGGCAGUACACGCUGCUCCAGCUUCAGGUGAAUGGGGUCCUGCCCGUCCUCCCUCUGCUCUUCCCAGUCCUCUGGGUUCUGGCCACCGCCUGUGGGGAAGCCCGCGUCCUGGCCCAGAUGAGCGAGGCCUCCCCCAGCUCGCUGCUGGCCAAGUUUUCGGAGGAUACUCUCAGCAGCUACACGGAGGUCAUCUCCUCCAAGGAAAUGCUGCGCUGCGUGUGGGGCCACUUCCUGAGGGUGCUCCAGGGCACCUCCCCGACGCUGAGCCACAGCUCCAGCCUGCUGCACGGCCUGGGCUCCGUCACUGUCCUGUGCUGUGUCGACAAGCAGGGCAUUCUGUCGUGGCCCAACCCCAGCCCCGAGACGGUCUCGUUCUUCAGUGGGAAGGUGGAGCCCCCGCACAGCAGCCACGAGGACCUGACGGAUGACCUGUCCACACGCUCCUUCUGCCACCCUGAGCCCCACGAACGGGACGCCCUCCUGGCCGGCUCCCUGAACAACACGCUGCACCUGUGCACCGAGCCGGAGCGCGGCGACUGGCCCGGCGAUGGCGCCAAGCCCCUUGAACCCCACGCUCACCACAAGCCCCAUGGCCGCAGCAAGCACCCGUCGGGCUCUAACGUGAGCUUCAGCAGGGACACUGAGGGCGGGGACGAGGAGCCCGACAAGCGCGGCCAGGACACGGAGCCCUGCGAGACGGAGGACGUGGUGUGUGACUACCACCUGGAGAUGCUGAGCCUGUCCCAGGACCAGCAGAACCCCUCCUGCAUCCAGUUCGAUGACGCCAACUGGCAGCUGCACCUGCCCUCCCUCAAGCCGUUGGGCCUCAACGUGCUGCUGAGCCUGUGCGACGCCAGUGCCACCGAGCGGCUCUGCCGCUUCUCGGACCACCUGUGCAACAUCGCCCUGCAGGAGAGCCGCAGCGCCGCGCAGCCCGUGCACGUGCCCUGGGGCCUCUGCGAGCUGGCCCGCCUCAUCGGCUUCACCCCUGGGGCCAAGGAGCUCUUUAAGCAGGAGAACCACCUGGCGCUCUACCGCCUCCCCAGUGCCGAGGUGGUGAAGGAGACUUCGCUGGGGAGGCUCUCGUGUGUCACCAAGCGGCGCCCCCCGCUCAGCCACAUGAUCAGUCUCUUCAUCAAGGACACCACCACCAGCACGGAGCAGAUGCUGUCCCACGGUACGGCUGAUGUGAUCCUGGAGGCCUGCACAGACUUCUGGGACGGUGCUGACAUCUACCCGCUCUCGGGGUCCGACAGGAAGAAAGUACUGGACUUCUACCAGCGUGCCUGCCUGUCCGGGUACUGCUCCGCUUUCGCCUACAAGCCGAUGAGCUGCACCCUGUCCUCACAGCUCAACGGCAAGUGCAUUGAGCUGCUGCAGGCGCCUGGCCAGGGCAGCAUCUUCACCCUGUGCGAGCUGCCCAGCACUGUGGCCGUCAAGCACAACAGCCGCCGCAACAGCUGGAGCUCCGACGAAGGGCUCGGGGAGGCGCUGGAGCAGGAGGACUGCGUGCGGGCACUGAGCGGGCAGAUCUUCAUGGGAGUGGUGUCGUCCCAGCACCAGGCCCGGCUGGACGUUGUGCGGCUCAUCGAUGGCCUGGUCAGUGCCUGCAUCCGCUUCGUCUACUUCUCCCUGGAGGACGAGCUCAAGAGCAAGGUCUUCGCUGAAAAGAUGGGCCUAGAGACGGGCUGGAACUGCCACAUCUCCCUCACGCCUAACGGGGACAUGCCCGGCUCCGAGAUCCCGCCCUCCAGCCCCAGCCACACGGGCUCCUUGCAUGAUGACUUGAACCAGGUGUCACGGGAUGACACGGAAGGGCUUCUCCUGAUGGAGGAGGAGGAGGGCCACUCGGACCUCAUUAGCUUCCAGCCCACGGACAGCGACAUCCCCAGCUUCCUGGAGGACUGCAACCGGGCCAAGCUGCCUCGGGGGAUCCACCAGGUGCGGCCCCACCUGCAGAACAUUGAUAAUGUGCCCUUGCUGGUCCCCCUCUUCACCGACUGCACCCCAGAGACCAUGUGCGAGAUGAUCAAGAUCAUGCAGGAGUACGGGGAGGUGACCUGCUGCCUGGGCAGCUCUGCCAACCUGCGCAACAGCCGCCUCUUCCUUCAGAGCGACAUCAGCAUCGCCUUGGACCCCUUGUACCCAUCGAGGUGCUCCUGGGGGACCUUUGGCUACGCCACCAGCACCAGCGGGGCCCAGGCAGUGGACGGCCUCUCCCCGCUGCAGCUCUCAGGCCAGCUCAACAGUCUGCCCUGCUCCCUGACCUUCCGCCAGGAGGAGGCCAUCGGCAUCAUCCGGCUCAUUGAGCAGGCUCGGCACGCCACGCACGGCAUCCGUAAGUGCUUCCUCUUCCUGCUGCAGUGCCAGCUGAUGCUCGUCGUCCUCCAGUUCUUGGCUUGCCUGGUCCAGCUGCCCCCGAUCCUGAGCACCACUGACAUCCUGUGGCUGUCCUGCUUUUGCUACCCCCUGCUCAGCGUCUCUCUGCUGGGAAAGCCCCCUCACAGCUCCAUCAUGUCUAUGGCAACCGGGAAGAACCUUCUGUCCAUUCCUAAGAAGACCCAGCACUACUUCCUGCUCUGCUUCCUGCUCAAGUUCAGCCUCACCAUCAGUUCCUGCCUCAUCUGCUUUGGCUUCAUGCUGCAGAGCUUCUGCGACAGCUCACGGGCCCGUAACCUCACCAACUGCUCCUCCAUCAUGCUGCCCAGUAAUGACGACAGAGCUCCCAGCUGGCUCGAGGACUUCGCCAACGGGCUGCUGUUGGCCCAGAAGCUGACAGCUGCCCUGAUCGUCCUGCACACCGUGUUCAUUUCUGUCACUCAUGUGCACCGUACUAAACCCCUGUGGAGGAAGAGCCCGCUGACCAACCUCUGGUGGGCCAUGACAGUGCCGAUGGUGCUGCUGGGCCAGGUGCUCCAGACAGCAGUGGAACUGCAGCUGUGGACACGCCAGGACAGCCGCCUCCGCUUGGGCCUGGAGCACGUGCCUCUGCUGACCUGGCUCCUGGGCUGCCUCUCACUCGUCCUAGUAGUGGUUGCCAAUGAGGUGGUGAAGCUGCAUGAGAUCAGGGUCCGGGUCCGCUACCAGAAGCGGCAGAAGCUGCAGUUUGAGACGAAACUGGGCAUGAACUCGCCCUUCUGAGCCACGGGGCUGUGGGCCGCCCGACCAGCCUGCCUCUGAGCCUGUGCAGUCAGUGUCAGGAACGACCCAGGGUUUGAUCUGCUGGGUACUUGAGACCCAGUGUACGCUUCUGCCCCACCGUCCCCCAGGGCUAUGGGGGAGCCUCGGGGCCAGGGCCUAUGCCAGUUGGACCAGGCCUGGCACUCCCGAAUGUAUGGCUUCACCCCUGCAGGCUGCUCGCUCUGCUCUAGGGACCCCUAUCACAGCACCCACUGCUGUGGGUGUAGGGGCAGACCCACCCACACACACAAAGGCAGGGGCCCUCCAGGCAGGCCUGGGGGAGGAGCCUGGGCUGCUGCUCCCUAUGCACCUUCACCUAGUCUCCCUGGGCACAACACCCAGAGGGCCCGGCCGGCCCAUUAUCCCUGCCCUUGUUCUGUGAGAAUGUUUUUACUGGGGUGUGUUUUCUACUGAAAUGAGCCUUGGGGGGGGGACGAAUGUAGACGGUUUGUAUUAAAACGUAUAAAUUGCUCA